AUGCCAAAACGUGGCCAUAAAAAAGCAUUCAAACCGCCGACAGAAGCACAACGAGUUCGAGCGCUUGGACGAACAGAUCAAUUAAAUGACGACCUUCGACGUGCAGUCACCGUUAAUAUCGACGAAAGCUUUGCACCGAUUUUAGAGCCAGAGGAAGGUGACUGGCUCAGUGAGUACGAUGAGAAAGGGCAAACAGUGCAAGAGUUUGAAAAUUUUCGAAAAACGCUUUCAAGAUCCACAGGAAGUAUCAUAUACAUUCAACCAUUUGGAGAUUUCAAAAGUCCAAGAUCACCGAGUUUGGAAACCAUCCGUCGAUUUUCUCAAUUGUUUUUCCCGGGAUGCCAGACUGAACUCUUGCCAUCCGUUGAUUUAAAUCCCGAAAUGAGACAACGUAUCAAUGGCGAAACAAAUCAACCACAAUAUUUAAUACGUGAUUUCACUGAACGUAUGAAAGCGAUGCGACGAAAGCGUAACAACCAUCAGGAAUUAUUUGUGAUUGGUGUAACCAUGGUUGACAUCUAUCCCAGUUCACGAUGGAAUUUUGUUUAUGGUGAAGCAUCUAUCGACGAGAGAAUUGGCAUAUUUUCAUUUUCUCGAUUCGAUCCUCUAUUUCCUCACCCUUCCAAGGAAUCAUCACAGAGAUUAUGCACAGACGAUGAGCGAAGGUUGAUUCUUCGACGAGCGGUUGGGACGUAUAUACAUGAAGUCAUGCACUUAUUUGGUUUACAACAUUGCAUCUAUUAUCUGUGUUUGAUGAACGGAGCUAAUGGCGAAACCGAACUGGAUAAACAACCGCUACGUCUUUGUCCAAUAUGUUUGAGAAAGAUGUCGAUGGUAUUCAAAGAUCAAACUUAUGAUGUUAUGAAUAUGUACCAUGAACUAUUCGAACUAUCAAAAGAGUUAGGACUUCAAACAGAAGCGGAUUGGUAUAGAAACAGAUUGCAAGUGCUGGGCGAUGAUUGA